AUAUAUAUAUAUAUAUAUAUAUAUAUAUAUAAUUAAUUAAUGAGUAACAAGUAUUGAUAGCAAUGAAUUCAAUCAUAGUAUGAGCUUUGUAUCAAAUCCCCAUAAAAGAAUGGAAGAUCAAAAUAGAGAGAAUCUAGUGUCAUCAAAAUCACAAAAAUACAUAUUAGACUAUCAAGAUAAAGAAUUAAAAAAUCUAAGAGUUUUUCUAACAUUGGCAUGUGUUGAUCAAUCAAACCCUUUAAAAACAUGCCUUUCUUGGUUUGUUUUUUUCUUAUUAUGUAUAAUAGUUCCAAUUGUUUCUCAUUAUAUACUGUUUUGUUCUACAUGUGAUGAUGCUGAUCAUCUUCAACCUUUUGAUGCCAUUGUUCAACUUUCCCUUUCUGCUAUAUCUAUUGUUUCCUUUUUUAGUCUUACUAAAUUUGCAAGAAGAAUUGGGCUUAGGAAAUUCCUUUUUCUUGAUAAGCUUUGUGACGAAAGUGAAAGAGUUAGACAGGGAUACACUAUUCAACUUCAGAGAGCAAUCAAAAUCCUGUGUAUGUUUGUGGUACCAUGUUUCCUAGCAGACACAGCCUAUAAAAUCUGGUGGUACGUCACAGGAGGAUACAAAAUCCCUCACUUUGGGAACAUAAUUUUAAGCCACAGUAUAGCGUGCUUCUUAGAGCAAUGUUCAUGGCUUUAUAGAACCUCCAUAUUUUUCCUAGCUUGUGUUCUCUAUCGCGUUAGCUGCUAUCUACAGCUUCUAAGGCUCAAUGAUUUUGCCCAAGUGUUUCAACUCGAAACUGAUGUAACAAUGGUUUUAAUGGAGCAUCUUCGUGUUAGAAGAACUCUUCGAAUCAUUAGCCAUCGAUUUCGAACCUUUCUUUUGUUCACAUUAUUGCUUGUUACCGCUAGCCAAUUUGCUUCUUUGCUUGUUACUACAAGGUCUAAUAGUGCUGUUGAUAUCUACACUACUGGAGAACUUGCGCUUUGCUCGGUGACCUUAGUGACUGGCGUGUGCAUAUGCCUAAGAAGUGCAGCAAAAAUCACACAUAAAGCUCAAGCCAUUACCUCAUUGGCGGCAAAAUGGCAUGUUUGUGCCACAAUAGACUCAUUUGAUGCGGUUGUUGAUGGUGAAGUUCCCUUGAUGAGUCGAUCAUCCUCACAUCUUGUUUUCCCUUAUACUACACACUCUCACUCUGAUGAAGAGGAAGGUGAUGGUGAAGAUGAUCUUGAUAACACUAAGAUGGUUCCUGUUAUUGCUAACACCAUUUCUUACCAAAGAAGGCAAGCCUUAGUGACGUAUCUAGAAAACAAUAGAGCUGGGAUCACAGUUUAUGGAUUCAUGUUGGAUAGAUCAUAUCUCCAUACUAUUUUUGGAGUCGAGUUAUCCUUGGUGCUUUGGUUGCUUAGCAAGACAAUAGGUAUUUCUUAAUUAUUGUAGAGGCAUAAGGAAUAUUUAUGUAAAUAAGAUCCAAAAAAACAGAUUUUCUAUUUAAUUUAGUAUAUAAUUUCCUUUUCCAUGUAAGUUGUAAAUUUUGAUUUCCUAUAACAGUAUACGAUGGAAAAUGAAGACAUUUUUAGCAUUUUAAAUGUUUUAAUUUUGAUGCUCUCAACAUAUAAGAAGCUCCACUGUGCUCAAACAAGCAUACCACUCUUCAAAGUUUUUGUCAACAUUUAAAUUUAUUUUUUAUCAUUUUAAAUAUUAUCACAAUAAGUUAAAUCAAAUUACUAUUUAUAUUAUAUAACUCGUCUUUUAUGAGACCUCUCACCAUGAGACGUGUCCUUAUAAUUAGCUUAUUUCUGAACCUUAACGGUCCGUUUGGU